GCGGGCGGUGCUUCAUCCCAGCUGGAACACGCGAGUGCGAUUCUCUAACCUGGUCAAGUGUCCCCACGAGAUCGAGCUUGGCGACCUCGCUGGCAACCGCUUCCACGUGGUGCUCCGCGGGGUGCCAGCAGGGGCAAUGGCGGCGCCGCCCGGCGGGACGCGGGUGCUGGACACCUGCUUCGAGGGCCUCCGAGAGCACGGAUUCCUGAACUACUUCGGCCUGCAGCG